AUGGGUUCUGGAACCGAUGUUGCACAUUGUCAAAAAAUUAAAGAUGCUUUGGAUAAGUGGUCAAUUCAUUGCGAACUGAGGGUUGUUUCAGCACAUAAAUGCACCAAUCUCUCGCUCUCUCUGUUGGCUGAAUAUGAAGCUAUAGGAAUUCCUACAGUGUUCAUUGCAGUUGCUGGACGUAGCAAUGGUCUUGGGCCUGUCAUGGCUGGCAACACCACUUGUCCAGUUAUUAACUGUCCACCUUUGAGCUCCAGCUGGGAACAAGAGGAUCUCUGGUCCUCCCUGAGAAUGCCUUCCGGACUUGGAUGUUCAACUAUUAUCAAUCCGGAAAUGGCAGCUCUGAAUGCUGCUCAAAUCCUGGCUCUGUCUAACGCCAAACUCUGGUGUAAGCUUCGUGUGGCACAGUUCAAGUAUUGGCUCAACUGCAAGACAUCAGACAUGAAGCUCAGAGCCAAGUGA